AUGGUGGUGACACCGCAUGAGCAGGUGGAUGAAGCUGAACUUGGAGGGAUCACCUGCACGUCCAAGGAGCUAAUAAAGGAGGCAAUCCUUGACAAUGACUUCAUGAAGAACCUGGAACUGUCUCAGAUCCAGGAGAUUGUGGAUUGUAUGUACCCCGUGGAGUAUGGCAAAGACAGCUGCAUCAUCAAGGAAGGAGAUGUGGGCUCCCUGGUGUAUGUCAUGGAAGAUGGGAAGGUUGAAGUGACAAAAGAAGGUGUGAAGCUGUGCACCAUGGGGCCUGGUAAAGUCUUUGGGGAGCUGGCCAUCCUCUACAACUGCACCCGGACUGCAACUGUCAAAACUCUCGUAAAUGUGAAACUUUGGGCUAUUGAUCGACAAUGUUUUCAAACAAUAAUGAUGAGGACAGGCCUCAUCAAGCAUACUGAGUAUAUGGAAUUUUUAAAAAGUGUUCCCACAUUCCAGAGCCUUCCUGAGGAGAUCCUUAGUAAGCUUGCAGAUGUCCUUGAAGAGACACACUAUGAAAGUGGAGAGUAUAUUAUACGACAGGGUGCUCGAGGGGACACUUUCUUCAUCAUCAGCAAAGGGAAGGUGAAUGUGACUCGUGAAGAUUCCCCCAGUGAAGAUCCUGUGUUUCUCCGUACUCUAGGGAAGGGAGAUUGGUUUGGAGAAAAAGCCCUUCAAGGGGAGGAUGUCAGAACAGCCAAUGUCAUCGCAGCUGAAGCAGUAACUUGUCUGGUCAUAGACAGAGACUCCUUCAAACACCUGAUUGGUGGCCUAGAUGAUGUCUCCAAUAAAGCCUAUGAAGAUGCAGAAGCAAAAGCAAAAUACGAAGCCGAAGCCGCUUUCUUCGCCAACCUGAAACUGUCGGAUUUCAACAUCAUCGACACCCUGGGAGUCGGGGGCUUUGGACGAGUUGAGCUGGUCCAGCUGAAGAGUGAGGAGUCCAAGACGUUUGCCAUGAAGAUCCUGAAGAAGCGCCACAUCGUGGACACCAGGCAGCAGGAGCACAUCCGCUCCGAGAAGCAGAUCAUGCAGAGCGCGCACUCCGACUUCAUCGUCAGGCUCUACAGGACGUUCAAGGACAGCAAGUACCUGUACAUGCUGAUGGAAGCCUGUCUAGGUGGAGAGCUCUGGACAAUUCUCAGGGACAGAGGUUCAUUUGAGGACUCGACCACCAGGUUCUACACAGCGUGUGUGGUGGAAGCUUUUGCCUAUUUGCAUUCCAAGGGGAUCAUUUAUAGGGACCUCAAGCCAGAAAAUCUCAUUCUGGAUCAUCGAGGUUAUGCCAAACUGGUCGAUUUUGGCUUUGCAAAGAAAAUAGGCUUUGGAAAGAAAACAUGGACUUUCUGUGGGACCCCGGAGUACGUGGCCCCCGAGAUCAUCCUGAACAAAGGGCACGACAUCUCAGCUGACUACUGGUCCCUGGGAAUCCUGAUGUAUGAGCUCCUGACUGGCAGUCCCCCUUUCUCAGGCCCAGACCCCAUGAAGACCUAUAACAUCAUACUAAGGGGAAUAGACAUGAUUGAAUUUCCAAAGAAGAUUGCCAAAAAUGCUGCUAAUUUAAUUAAAAAACUAUGCAGGGACAAUCCAUCAGAAAGAUUAGGGAACUUGAAAAAUGGGGUGAAAGACAUCCAAAAGCACAAAUGGUUCGAAGGCUUUAACUGGGAAGGGUUACGAAAAGGGACACUGACACCUCCCAUCAUCCCAAGUGUUGCAUCUCCGACAGACACAAGCAAUUUUGACAGCUUCCCAGAGGACAGUGAUGAACCACCCCCUGACGACAACUCAGGAUGGGACAUAGAUUUUUAAGGUCUUUCUCUUACCUGCUUCUGCCUUGCUGAGGACAGCUCUCCUGGGACUUGGCUGCCAGCGAAACCGAAAGAACUGGGGAGGAUUAGUGCUCGGGGUCACCAUGAUGCCUUGAUUGAUGCUGCUACAGUAACUACAGUGGCAUUAGGACUUCUUGCUUAGAUGACAAUAGUACUCUUCAUGUUUUCUGUUUGAACUUGAAAUAGCGGUUUGACAUGGUGGUCCUGACACAAAAGCCUUUCACCAGGAAAGAAACGUGGUUUCUGUCACCACCACGAUCUUGCUACGCUCUUAAUUAUUCAA